AUGGAAGAAAGUGAUGUGUAUACGGAAGAUGGAACAGUCGAUAUUCACAAAAAUCCUGCAAGUAAGAAGACAACCGGAAACUGGAAAGCUUGCCGCUUCAUUCUUUUCAACGUGUGCUGUGAAAGAUUGGCCUACUAUGGAAUGAGCAAAAACCUUGCGGACUACUAUCUUAAGAGUCGUCUGAAUCAAGGCAACACUACUGCUGCGAAUAACGUCACGAAUUGGUUUGGAACAUGUUAUAUAACUCCUUUGAUUGGAGCCUUUCUAGCUGAUGCUUAUCUUGGACGUUAUUGGACUAUCGCAACCUUUGUUUUCAUCUAUGUCUUCGGUUUGACUCUUUUGACGUUAUCAGCUUCAGUUCCUGGACUUAAACCGGGUAACUGCAACAGCGAUACAUGUCAUCCGAGUUCCGAUCAGACAGCUGUUUUCUUUGUUGCGCUUUAUAUGAUCGCUCUUGGAAUAGGUGGUAUAGAACCAUGUGUUUCGUCCUUCGGAGCGGAUCAGUUUGAUGAGAAUGACGAGGCCGAGAAGCUAGAGAAAAGCUCUUUCUUUAAUUGGUUUUACUUCUCCGCUAACGUUGGAGCUUUUGUUGCUGCGAUUGUUAUUUCCUGGAUACAAAUGAACAUAGGUUGGGGAUGGGGCUUUGGUGUCCCGACCGUGGCCAUGGUCAUUGCGGUUAUGUUUUUCUUCUCGGGAAGUCGUUAUUACCGACUUCAGAGACCGCAAGGGAAUCCACUCACACGGAUAUUUCAGGUUAUAGUUGCAGCCUUAAGGAAGAUGAGUGUUGAGGUUCCAGAGGACAAGUCUCAGCUCUUUGAAAUUGCUGCUGAUGCGAGUAAUAUCACUGGUAGCCGGAAGCUAGAGCAUACAGACAACUUAAAGUUUUUCGAUAAGGCAGCGGUUGAGAGUCAAUCCGAUAGCAUCAACGACGGUGAAGUGAACCCUUGGAGACUCUGUUCGGUAACACAAGUCGAAGAGCUCAAGUGCAUAAUCACUCUUCUUCCAUUUUGGGCCUCAGGGAUAGUCUUUGCCACAGUGUACAGCCAACUGAACACAUUGUUCGUCUUACAAGGAAACACAAUGGACCAACACAUGGGGAAACACUUCGAAAUCUCAUCAGAUUCCCUCUCGCUUUUCACCACGGUCAGUGUACUCUUCUGUACUCUUGUCUACGACCAGUUCAUUGUCCCCUUCGCAAGAAAGUUCACACGUCAAGAGCGUGGCUUCACUCAGAUUCAACGUAUGGGAAUAGGUCUCGUGAUCUCAAUCUUUGCCAUGAUCACUGCAGGAGUCUUGGAGGUCGUUAGGCUCGACUACGUCAAAACUCACAACGCAUAUGACGCGAAAAAGAUUCCCAUUUCGAUUUUCUGGCAGAUUCCUCAGUAUUUUGUAGUUGGGUGCGUAGAAGUUUUCACUUUUAUAGGCCAGCUUGAGUUUUUCUAUGACCAGGCGCCUGAGGCGAUGAUAAGUCUCUGCUCGGCUUUGUCUUUGACAACUAAAGCGCUUGGGAACUACUUGAGCACGGUUCUUAUGACGGUUGUGAUGAAAAUGACGAAGAAAAAGGGCAAACCGGGUUGGAUACCGGAUAACUUGAACCGGGGUCAUCUGGAUUACUUUUUCUAUUUGCUGGCAGCUCUUAGUUUCCUCAACUUCUUAGUGUACCUCUGGAUUUCUAAACGCUACAAGUACAAGAAAGCUAUAGGUCGAGCACAUUGAUGAAAUAAACUGGAUGCCAAGAGAUUUGGUCUUGUGAUUCUUCACAAGGUUAUGUA